AUGAUGUUCAAGGAAAACUCGUUACUUCGAUUAUCUGUGGCAUUUCUCCAGAUUGCAUCUGUGGCCGCCGUUUCUCCCGCCAAACUCGUCGCGCAAGUCCCGUGGGCGAAGUUCGAGGACCUUGCAAUCCGGUCCAACGGCAACAUACUCAUUACUCAAGGCUGGCCCUCUCCAACACUUUGGGAACUAUCUGGCGCGGGGGCAGAAGCGGCAACUCUACACACCCAUUUCGAACUCCGACCAACUGUCAACGCUCUCUUCGGUAUCACGGAGACAACUCCCGAUGUCUUCGCUUUCGUCGGGAGCAUCGUCAAUCGAGACGAUGUCAACGAGGCAGGCACCGCCGCGAUAUGGACCAUGGAUUUCAACAAGACUCCGACCCCUCAACCAAGCCUAGUCGCCCGACUUCCCGAAGCUGUCCGGCCCGAUAAAGUAGCUAGCAUACCACAAAACCCACACAUCAUACUCGUUGCCGACUCUGCGGUUGGAGUCGUAUGGUGCGUGAACACAGCAACUGCCAAUGUCACUGUCGGCAUCCAAGUUCCGGAGAUGGGUGCGUCUGAAUCGACUGGUCCGGCAAGCGGUGUCAGUGGUCUCGACAUCCACGACGGCUAUGUAUGGUGGACCAGUGCCGCCCGCGGACACAGCUACAGGAUCAAGAUUUCAGACGAAGGGGUGGCAGCAGCCGGCGCCGUGGCUGAGGUCGUGAGGGUGCUUCCUGCUGUUCGCGACCUUACCUUCCACCCAGACGAUGGAUCUGCGGUUUGGGUGGCUUCACAACAAGGCAGAAUCAUUGCAGCCGGCCCAGAAGGAAAGUCUUGGUGGGUUUCCGGGGAUGAUAUGCUUGUUGGUACAUCGGCUUUACAAUUUGGCAGAACAGAGGCGAACAACAGGACGUUGUAUGCGGUCACUGCUGAGGGGAAUGUCGUGGCACUUGAUACGACCGAAGAGUUGAAACUAUCAAGCGAACCACAAAAGACUGCUUGGGGAGAACCGCCAGUCCAGUUGGAGCUAGUUUAA